AUGCCACCCCUAAUGCCUCUCGUCGACUACUCCGACUCCGAUUCCGACUCGGACACCUCCUCCCCUAAUGCCAAACGCGCCAAACCCAAUUCCACCAGCACCGCCUCCGGGCUCCCGCCUCUCCCCUCGCGCUUCCACGACCUCUACGCCGUCGCCCCACGCAUCGGGCAGCAAGACGAUCCCUCGCUCCACGGCGGACGCAAGCGCUCCAUCCCACACGUGCAGGGCAAUUGGCCGACCCACGUCUACAUUGAGUGGCAUUUGUCGCGUUUAGAGUUCGACUGCUUGGACGAAGUGUUUCGGACUCUUGCGGGCGUUGCGGAGCGCGAGGAGGGCCUCGCGGUAGAGAGCCACCUCAAGAGUGAUCUGGGCGGCGAGCUGCCGUUGCAUCUGAGCCUCAGUAGGCCCAAUGUGCUGGCCACGGCGCAGAGAGAAGGGUUUAUGGAGCUUCUAGGGGACCGUGUGGAGAGGCUGAGGGUUAAGCCGUUUGCGAUCGAAUUUACAGGCUGGGAGUGGGUUAGCAAUUUUGAUCAGACUCGUUGGUUCUUUGUUAUGAAGACUUCGAAGGGGCCUGAGAAGGAGCUUUCCCGCUUGCUGGAGCUCUCGAACCGUACUUUUGAAGCGUUCGGGCAGCCGCCGCUGCACUCGCAGGGUGCGGAUAGGCUGGACGGGUUCCAUGUCUCCCUUGCCUGGUCUUUGAAGAAGCCCAGUGACGAAACAAUGCAGAAAAUGGAGAAUGCAAUAAUGGGCGAAGAGUGCUGUGGUAAGAAGAUCAUUACUUUGAAAGGUAGGCCACAGCGUAUGGCGAUGGACGUUGAGACCAUCAAGGUCAAGAUUGGUAAUGUAGUCCAUGUUGUUGAGCUAAACAAGAAGGAGAGGGAAGAAGGCAGUAAUAGUAAGAAGAGGAGGUUUUCGGGCUCGAAGUGA